AUUCCUCUUCCUCUCAUGUAGUUGUGCUGUGCGAUGUGCAACAUUGCUUUUGCUCUCCUGCUCAGCACAACCUGCAGGGGGACGGGAAUGUUCAGAAAACUCCUCCAGCCAUUUCUUCCACCGCCAUUUCCCAGCUUCCGUACUACAGUUGCUCUUGCAAGAUAUUCCACUUGAUUUUUUCUCGAGGCACGCAUCCUGUCGACAGCUUAGACGAAUCGCUUCUCUCUAAGCGCUGUAGUGCUGAGUAGAGCCGAGAGACCUCCCGUUGGUGUGCAAGCAUCGUUCAGCGGGUGGUUCCAGAUGUCCGCUCUCUGCCAUCGAGAGGUGACGGAAGUAGGCUAAGCGUGUCUGAACGCGUCAGACACAGCAGACGGAGGUCAGUCGAGAUAGCAGACGGAGGUCAGUCGAGACAGCAGACGGAGGUCAAUCGAAAUAGCAGACGGAAGACAGACGACUUAGCGCGGAACGGAGGACAGUUGUAACGCCGUUGCAAGUCUGCUUAGUGGUCGAAACAGCAGCAUUGUCAUCCGUAGCAUCAGCUAGCUUGGCGGAGGCGAAUCUGAACCGUCAAAUCGGUCCUGCGUCCUCCGUGAAUGGUCCAGAUGUGCUCGCACGAAGGCACCAGCGGCAGCAGCGGAGCCAACAGCUCCACCGUUAACGUAUUCGUUACUGGCCAGCCAGGCAUCGGAAAAACAUCGCUGGUCUUAAAGGUUGCGAAGCGCUUACCGCAGCACCUUGUAGCGGGGUUCUACACGGUUGAGGCGAAGGCGGAAGGCACGGGGGAGCGCCUCGGGCUGGAUGUCAUCACCUUCGCGGGCGAGCGCGCGCCUCUGUGCAGACUACGGCGAGGCUGCGGACCCAAGAUCGGCAAGUACUACGUGGCUAUAGACGAGUUUGAGCGAGUCGUAUUGCCGCACCUCAUGCCGUCCGACAACACGCGACUGCAUAUAGUGGACGAGAUCGGUCGCAUGGAGCUGUGCAGUGACAAGUUCAGAGACGCUGUGCUGAACCUGCUAGCCUCGCCUGUUGCUGUGUUUGGCGCGCUGCCUGCUCCUCGUUAUGGUCACACUCUUGAGCUAGUAGAGGAGAUCAAGCAGCGUGCAGACACAGCCGUGCUCACACUCACCAAGGCCAACAGGGACGCAACGGCAGUGCAGAUAGAGGAGCUUCUGACUCGGUUGAUCAAAGAGGGGGAGCGAGGGGCGGGGGAAGGGCUGGGAGGGGAGGGGGAGGAUGCGGGAGGGGAGGAGGGUGCAGGGAAUGAGGGCGAAGGGGAGAGCAACAUUGGGGCUGGUGGGAGUAAUUUGGGGUAUGGCGGGGUGAGAGGAGCGGGCCCAGAUGGGGUAAAUGCACUGUCAGCUGCGGGAGCUUCGGCAUCGGCAGGUUUGGGGACCGGAGCACCAGGCUCGGGGCUGGCCAAUGGAGGUUCAGGCUUGGGAAUUAACCAUGUGUUGGCAGCAGUGCAAGCGCAUGCAGCUAAUGCGGACCUUUUUGAUGGGGCGCAUACAGUGCACGGGUAGAGGGAUGAUGAGAUGAGCGCAGAUACGGGGAGGCUCGGAGUAUCUCGAGCCGACUCGUAAUACGCCUGCUGUGCAAGCGCAUGCGGUGAAUGCAGACCCUUUUGACGGAGCACAUACAGUGCACGGGUAGACUGUACCGGGCAGAGCUGAUGAGGGGAGCGCUGGUGACUUGAUCAUGCAUUGGAGUCUAUUUUUUAGGCGCUGGUAAAAAAAAAAAAGACUCCUCACGGGUUGACUGUACCGGGCAGAGCUGAUGAGGGGAGCGCUGGUGACUUGAUCAUGCGUUGGCGGCAGUGCAAGCACAUGCAGCGGAUGCGGACCUUUUUUAUGGAGCACGUGCAGUGGACUGGUAGACUAUACCAGGUGGGGGUGAUGAAGGGAAUGGUGGUGAGUUAAUCACGCGUUGGCAACACCAGUGCACGCGCAUACUUCAAUAAUAGGAUGUAUGGUUAGGCUGGAGAGGUUACAGGGGUAACGCCAGAGGGACGAGGUGCUUUCAUAUGGCGUUCAGGUACCUUUUUUUAUUUGUGGGGGUGGGUAUUUUUGGACCAGGCUGAAUAGUGUAGGCACAAUUACCGUGCCUAAAUGCUUUGUCAGAACUUGCGAUAGGAUGGCUGAAUACAGCCACAAUAUGCUU